UUGGAGGGUGUUGGGCCUCUUUUUCUCGUAUUAAGAGGAUGCCUGUACUUCUGUAUCACCAGAGCGGAGAAGUUUGUUCUGGGUGUUGAGUUAAUCAUGCUGAGGAUGAUGGGAAGAUGCCUGAUGUUCAUUUUACUGUCUGCAGUUGUAAUACUCAUCACAGCUGACCGUGUGAAUGUGAGGUUGGUUGGUGGUCACAGUCACUGUGCUGGUACAGUGGAGGUUCUUCACAGAGGUCAGUGGGGAACAGUGUGUGAUAUUUUCUGGGAUAUGGCUGAUACUGCAGUGGUGUGUAGAGAGCUGGACUGUGGAGAACCUGUAGAUGCUCUGGGUAAUGCACACUUUGGACAAGGAUCAGGACCAAUCUGGAUGUUUUCUGUCAGAUGUGUUGGUUCAGAAUCCACACUGAAGGACUGUGGAUCAGCAGGAUGGGACCAAAGUAACUGUAAUCAUGAUAAAGAUGCUGGAGUCAUCUGCUCAGGGACUACUGUGAGUGUGAGCCUGGUAGAUGGCAGUAAUUCCUGUGCUGGUCGAGUGGAGGUUUAUUAUAGAGGUCGAUGGGGAACAGUGUGUGAUGAUCACUGGGAUAUUGCUGAUGCUGCAGUGGUGUGUAGAGAGCUGGACUGUGGGAUGGCUGUAAACGCAACAAGUUAUGCUGACUUUGUACAAGGAUCAGGACCAAUUUCAAUGGCUCUUGUAGGAUGUAGUAGAUCAGAGACUGCACUGAAACUGAACUGCUGGUCAGACAGCCGUUCAGAUUUUGAUGAUGUGGAGGAGGAGUCAAACAAAGAAGGGGUUCAUUUGGCUCAAUGA